UAUAAUUUUUAAAAAGACUCGAGGAGGAUUAAUUAAAUAAGUGUUAAUAUACGCGUGUGUAUAAUAAAAUAGAACUUCAAAGUGACAACACGAUUGGUAAGGAUAGAUCAUCGUAGAUCAUCAUCAUCAUCGUUGAUCAUUUAAGAGGAUAGAAAAAGAAGACAAUAUUUCAAGGAUACAAGAAAUCGUUUUCUUGCCGAUCGAGGAGGUGGAGGGAACGACAAAUCGAAAGAAGUAGACGACAACAACCCCCGUCGGCCGUCGGAAGAAAUAAAGAAAAAGACAGAGAGAGAAGAUCAGGAAGAAGAAGAAGGAAGAAGAAAGAAGGAAAAGGAGAGAGAGAGAGAGAUCUUGUGACCAAUAGGGUGUUAAAGGCCCAAAGAUUUUGCCUACGCAGCAGCUGGGCGCUGCGGUCGCUCCAUGGCCGGGCGCCACCGGCCUCCUCGCCUCCGUCACCGCUGACGAUAUGGCACACAAGGGUCACAGCGGAGUGAACCAAUUGGGUGGUGUCUUCGUCGGUGGUAGACCACUUCCGGAUUCGACGAGGCAAAAGAUCGUCGAACUUGCACAUUCCGGGGCACGUCCUUGCGAUAUUUCAAGGAUCCUGCAGGUCAGCAAUGGCUGUGUUUCGAAGAUCCUUGGCAGGUACUAUGAGACCGGAUCCAUAAGGCCAAGGGCCAUUGGCGGCAGCAAGCCGCGAGUGGCCACGACGGAAGUCGUCAACAAAAUUUCACUUUAUAAAAGUGAAUGUCCGUCGAUUUUUGCUUGGGAAAUAAGAGAUCGUUUACUGCAAGAAGGCGUCUGCACCAACGACAACAUUCCAAGCGUUUCGUCCAUUAACAGGGUAUUGAGAAAUUUGGCAGCACAAAAGGAACAAAGGCAACAACAACAACAACAGCAACAGGGUGUUGGUGGUGUUGGCGUUGGCGUUGGCGUUGGUGCUGGAAGUCCUGCCGAGAGUGUUUACGACAAACUCAGGCUACUAAACGGACAGACCACUGGCUGGCCAAGACCUAAUCCUUGGUAUCCGUCGGGCGCGGGAAGCCCUUUUCCAAGUCUUCAGCCUAGUCUGAGUCCGAGCCAUUGCACAGCGCUACCGCCUGAUCCCGCCGAUAUUCUCCACUCCAAAAAGGGUGAGUCUUCUUUCUCCUUUUUUUUCUUUCUUCUUCUUCUUCUUCUUCUUCCUCUCUUUCGUUUAGUUAUUUAUUUUUGA